AUGGAAUGGAACCCUCAAACUCUUCAAUUUCUUUCUGAAUGCUUCCUCAACACUCUCUCUCCGGCACCAGAGCCUCGCCGCCGCGCCGAAUCCUCCCUAUCUGAAGCAGCCAACAGUCCCAACUUCGGCCUCGUCGUACUCCGUCUCGUCGCAGAACCAGCCGUCGACGAGCAGAUCCGGCAAUCCGCCGCCGUCAACUUCAAAAACCACCUCCGUCUCCGAUGGUCAUUAGAAGAUAGUUCGAUCCUUGAAACCGAGAAGGAACAGAUCAAAACCCUAAUUGUCCCUCUCAUGCUCGCCGCUACUCCCAAAAUCCAAUCUCAGCUUAGCGAAGCCCUAGCUAUCAUCGGCAACCACGAUUUCCCCAGAGCAUGGCCCACGUUACUCCCUGAACUCGUCGCCAGUCUAAAGAAUGCAUCUCAGGCUAACGAUUACACUUCCAUUAACGGUAUUCUAGGUACUGCUGAUUCAAUUUUCGGGAAAUUUCGUACCCAGUCUCAUUCCAAUGAUCUCUGGAUUGAUUUGAAGUAUUGUCUCGAUAAUUUUGCUGCUCCUUUGCUUGAAAUUUUUCUUAAGACUGCGUCGUUAAUUGACGCUGCUGCUACUGCGGCACCACCACCGCCUGCGGCAAACCUGCGACAACUGUUUGAGUCGCAGAAAUUGUGUUGUAGUUUAUUUUACUCGUUGAAUUUUCAAGAGCUCCCUGAGUUCUUUGAGGAUCACAUGAGGGAAUGGAUGACUGAGUUCCGAAAAUACCUUACUACUAGUUACCCUUCUCUUGAGGGCAGUGGACCUGAUGGUCUUGCUCUUGUGGAUGAACUUAGGGCUUCUGUUUGUGAGAAUAUUAGUCACUAUAUGAAAAAGUAUGAGGAGGAGUUUAAGGGAUUCUUGAAUGAUUUUGCACUUGCUGUUUGGACUUUGUUGGGGAAUGUGUCACAGUCGACAAGUCGUGAUCAACUUGCUGUCACAGCUAUUAAGUUUUUGACCACAGUUAGCACCAGUGUUCACCACACUUUGUUUGCCGCUGAUGGGAUUAUACCGCAGAUUUGCCAGGGCAUUGUGAUCCCUAAUGUGAGGUUGAGGGAAGAUGAUGAGGAGCUGUUUGAGAUGAAUCAUAUUGAGUAUAUUAGGAGGGAUAUGGAAGGCAGUGAUGUUGAUACACGCAGGAGGAUUGCUUGUGAGCUGCUUAAGGGAAUUGCCACACAUUAUGGAGAUGCUGUAAAAAGCAUUGUUUCUGGGCAAAUACAGAGUUUAUUAAGUUCCUUUGCUGCAAACCCGGCAGGGAAUUGGAAGGACAAGGAUUGUGCAAUAUUCUUGGUAGUCUCUCUUUCAACCAAGAAGGCUGGAACCAGUUAUGUCUCUCCAGAUCUUGUAAAUGUACAAAGCUUUUUUGAAUCUGUGAUUGUCCCUGAGCUGCAAAGUCAGGAUGUGAAUGGUUAUCCAAUGCUUAAGGCAGGUGCACUCAAAUUCUUUACCAUGUUCCGGACUCAAAUAUCAAAACAUGUUGCAUUGAACUUUUUACCCGAUUUAGUUCGUUUCCUUGCUGCGGAUUCAAAUGUUGUUCAUUCUUAUGCUGCUAGCUGUAUUGAGAAACUCUUAUUGGUAAAGGACGAGGGAGGUAUAGCACGUUAUAGUUCGGCAGAUAUCAGUCCAAUUUUUCCAAUGCUGAUGAACAAUCUUUUCAGUGCCUUGAAGCUCCCAGAGUCUGAAGAGAAUCAAUAUGUAAUGAAAUGUAUUACAAGGGUUCUUGGGGUUGCAGAUAUACAACUUGAUGUUGCUAGAGUUUGCAUUGAGGGGUUGGGGUCACUUCUUUCUGAAGUUUGCAAAAAUCCCAAAAAUCCUAUCUUCAAUCAUUAUCUCUUUGAAUCAGUAGCCAUUCUUGUGAAGCGUGCCUCUGAGAGGGACCCAUCUCUUGUGUCUGUUUUUGAAACAAGCCUUUUUCCUAGGCUUGAAAUAAUAUUGUCCAAUGAUGUAACUGAGUUUUUCCCAUACACAUUUCAGUUGCUUGCUCUGCUUGUUGAGUUAAACAGACCACCCAUCCCACCAAUCUACAUGCAGAUAUUUGAGAUUCUUUUGUCUCCCGACUCUUGGAAAAGAGCCUCAAAUGUUCCUGCCCUUGUGCGUCUACUUCAGGCUUUCCUUCAAAAGGCACCAAAUGAGAUCAGCCAAGGGGAUAGAUUGACCAAAGUACUUGGCAUAUUUGACACACUGAUACAAUCUUCAAGCACUUCUGAACAAGGAUUUUAUGUGCUUAACACUGUCAUUGAGAGUCUUCCGUAUGAUGUUAUUAAGCCUUAUAUUUCUCACAUUUGGGCUGCUAUUUUUAGGGAGCUCCAGAAAAGGCGGCCAAUAAAACUCAUUAAGUCUCUCUUGAUAUUCAUUUCACUCUUUCUGGUUAAACAUGGUUCAUCAAAUGUAAUUGAUACUAUGAACGCCGUCCAGCCUGAUAUAUUUAGUGCGAUUUUGACCCAGUUCUGGAUUCCUAAUCUUAAGCAUAUUAUAGGAAAGAUAGAGCUCAAACUGACUGCAGUUGCUUCAACCAGACUCAUUUGUGAGUCUCCAGUCCUUUUGGAUCCUGCAGCUUCUGUGUCCUGGGGUAAAAUGGUGGACAGUAUUGUGACACUUCUUUCCCGGCAAGAACAAGAUAGGGUUGAGGAUGAAACUGACAUGCCAGAUAUUGCAGAAAAAGUGGGUUACACCGACACUUUUGUCCGACUUCACAAUGCUGGAAAGAACGUAGAAGAUCCACUUCAAGAUAUAAGAGAUCCCCGGGAAUUUUUUGUUGCUUCAUUGUCCCAACUUUGUGCACGUUCCCCUGGUAGGUACUCUAAAGUCAUCAGUGAAAAUGUAGAUCCUGAAAAUCAGACAGCACUGCUUCAACUUUGCAACACUUACAAACUCUCCUUAGUUUGA